AUGCAAAUCCGCAGCACCUCCAUCUCGUCCUCGAUACUUGCAGCCAUAUCUGGCGACUCCAACAACCCGGACAAACCAAGCUUCCAAAAGCGCAUCUUUCGCGUUCUCGCCACUUUCCUCUCCGUCUUCCACCUCCCGCUCACCCGCUACCACGCCGCCGACUUCCUCGAGCUCCGUCACAAUGUCUGGCAGCUGGACGAGCAGGAGUACAUAAACUCCUUCCAGCUCGCGCAGAAGGCCGCCAAAGGCAAGGGUCGCGAAUCCGACCUCAAGCCUGUUGGCGACCUGGGCUACAGCGGCUCGACCUUCUUCACGACCGCCGAUGGCAAGUUCCUCAUUAAGUCGCUGCCCCGCCGCUUCGAGCACGAGUUCUUCACCCACGAUCUGUUCGACGCAUACGUUACGCACAUGAGGAAGCAUCCGCACAGCCUUCUUGUUCGUAUCACCGACAUGGCCUAUACCUCGAUAGCGACGCUCGGCGGGAUCCUGGGAAUGGCGCCGACGCACCACAUCAUCAUGGAGAACCUGCUCUACGGAAAGGAGGAGGAGGAGACGGAGCACAGGAAGAAGCAAUGGGAGACCUACGAUCUCAAGCCGAACGACUACUUUUUCCCUGAGAGGGACAUUGCUAACGGCUACCUGGCACCGGAGAGCGUCAAGGAGAGGUUGAUUGAUGAGUUCGACGACAAGGUUCGAGUCACAGCAGCCCAGAAGAAGGAACUGCUCGAGCUUCUUGAAGCCGACACUCAGGUUCUCGCGGAUAACAACGCCGUCGACUACUCGCUCUUCAUGGUUCGGUAUCCUGGCCCCAACGUCAUGGACGAAGCACGCGAUGUCCCCACAAUCCAAUCCAGUGCGAACGAGUGGCGCACCGGCCUGACAGAUGUCGAUGGCAACUGGACCUACCGCAUGAUUGUCCUCGAUUUCUUCUGGGCCAAGCACAAGUUCCGCGCCAAGGCCAUGACGGGGCUUGUCAAAUCAUACAAUGUGUUUGCCGGCCACGGGCCGAUGAGCAUCACCGCCAAUCCCACGGAGUACCGGGAGCGGUUCCUUAACAUGAUUCGAGACUUUGUCAUUGAGGCAUAA